GUGGGCACCACUCUUCUUUCAUGUUCAUACCCAUUCAACCGCACACUCUCUCCCCUUCUCUCUCUCCCCCCUCUUAAAACUUGUGGGCACGACCCAACACACCCAGCUCCAUGACUCUUUUUUGAUACUGUUUCAAGUUUAAACCACUUUCUUCUUCAUUACACACACACACACACACACGCUCUUCUUCUUCUUCUUCUGAUUCUGAUCUCUCUCACGUUCUUCAACAUUAUUAUGGAAGCCCAUUCUUCUUCUCCCCCGACGACGUCGUUUCUUCACCGGAAACGUCUCCUCCACGAGAUGGAUUUCUUCUCCGACGACAAAAAGACAAUCAAGACCACUACUGGUCAUCAACAUGAGUAUCAUGAUCAUGAUCUGAUGCUAAACGGAUCAACCGACCUAAUUCACGUUGAUGCGAGUUUAGAUCUUGUUUCUAAGACUACCACGAGCGACAGAUUGACUAUGGAUGAUGGAGCAUUAGACGCCGUGGAAGAUAACAAGAAAAAAGAGUUUGCAGGUAUGUUAAGUGAAUUGCAGCAGUUGAGUGCUGAAAAUCAGCGUCUGAGAGAUGAGCUUGAUCAGAUGAACCUAAAGUACAAUGUCCUGAAAUUACAAUUUACCAAGCCCAACCAGACACAAAGUAAUGAGGUAGAAGAAGGCAGUGGAGGGAUUGAGAGGAAAGGAGGGAUGGUCUUAGGGCGAUUAUUAGUUAAAAAAGAUGAUAAUAAUAAUAAUAAUAAAAGUGAAGGCAAUAAAAUGAUGAGAGAAAUUAGCAAAAGCAAUAAUAUUAUGCUUGAUUUGAUGGAACGCAAGAUUGAGCAGCACAGAGAUAGUGAUCAGCCACUGAACAGUGGUACUCACAACAAAGUUCACGGGAAGGACCCUAAUAAUGAUGCAAAAGCUUCUUUUUCAGAAACCUUAUCACUUGUCAAGAAAGCUCGUGUGUCAGUUCGAGCACGAUCAGAGUCUUCAAUGAUAUCAGACGGAUGCCAAUGGAGGAAAUAUGGGCAGAAGAUGGCAAAAGGAAACCCUUGCCCACGAGCGUAUUAUCGUUGCUCCAUGGGAACUGCUUGUCCUGUACGAAAACAAGUACAGAGAUGUGCUGAAGAUAGAAGCAUUCUCAUAACUACAUAUGAAGGACAACACAACCACGCACUUCCACCAGCUGCAAAAGCUAUGGCUUCAACAACAUCUUCAGCUGCAUCAAUGCUUCUUUCAGGAUCAAUUCAAAGUUCAGAUCAUCAUGAUCGUCUUCCUUAUCAUCACCAUCAUCAUCACCACCACCACAAUAACCUCAUAAACCCUAAUGUAUUAGAAAGUGCUUCAAUACUUCCUUCCUCACACAGCAUGGCUACCCUCACAGCCUCAGCUCCAUUUCCCACCAUAACAUUGGACCUCACUCAUCAUCAGACAACCCAGCCGACAACGAAGAUUUUCGGUCAAGCUCUGAGCGAUCAUCAGCAAUCUAGGGUUUCUCAGGGAACGGUGUUGUCAUCGUCGUUGGCCGACACAGUAAAUGCGGCGACAGCUGCUAUUACAGCGGAUCCAAACUUUACUGUAGCUCUUGUGGCUGCCAUAACUUCUAUCAUUGGAAGUUCUCAUUCGAACAGUAGUAAUAAUGGUGCUGAUGUUACUGCGAGUGGAAAACCCUAGAAAUGGUGAAGAGAGUGCGAGAAGGUUGGGAAAGGAAGCGAGAAAAGAGUAGAUUUAUUUAGUAGUGGUAUGACUACCAUUAGUGAAAAUGAAUAUAUAAUUUGUGGAUAGAGUUAAGUUGCCAACAAAGAUGCGUAAGUGUAUACAAAUAUAAGAAAGUGAAUUAUGUUGUGAAAACUUUUUUGUAUAUAUAUAUAGUGUUGCAUUAUGCCAAGGGUGCCCUAGUGGAGGGUAUGUGGGUAUGCCUAAA